CUUUUCCACAGCUGUGAAUGUGGUUCGUCUGGUCUGCGGCUGCGCUGAGAGUAAUUCGACCCUCAAACCCGGAUGUAACCAACGCCUAACCUGUCCAAAGAAAAACGAUGCAAACUAUAAAAUGUGUUGUGGUAGGGGACGGUGCAGUAGGAAAGACCUGCUUACUGAUCUCCUACACAACCAACAAGUUCCCCUCAGAAUAUGUGCCCACGGUUUUUGACAAUUAUGCAGUGACAGUGAUGAUUGGGGGCGAGCCCUAUACACUCGGCCUAUUUGACACAGCAGGUCAGGAGGAUUAUGACAGGCUGCGUCCUCUCAGCUAUCCACAGACGGAUGUGUUCCUUGUAUGUUUCUCUGUCGUCUCCCCCUCAUCAUUUGAAAAUGUCAAAGAGAAGUGGGUUCCUGAGAUUUCUCACCACUGCCCACGCACACCCUUUCUGUUAGUGGGCACACAGGUGGAUCUGCGGGAAGACAGCAACACGAUCGAGAAGCUGGCGAAAAACAAACAGCGCCCCCUAUAUCCUGAGAGCGGAGAGAAGCUGGCUCGUGAGCUCAAAGCUGUCAAAUAUGUGGAGUGCUCUGCUCUGACACAGCGAGGGCUUAAGAAUGUGUUUGACGAAGCCAUCCUGGCAGCCCUGGAGCCCCCUGAGACCAAAACCAAGAGAAAAUGCGUCCUUCUAUAGAUGAACAACGACAGCGAGAGACCUAACGGUGUAAAAAAAAAAAUAGGUGGGGUCAAUGGCCAUUUUGAAAAAAAAAGGACAAAACUAAAGGGGAAGGGAGGUACAAUGCCAUUGAGACUUAUUUCAAAAACAAGUGUACACUGAUUGUGCCUUCAAAAUAAACUUUGAAAGAGGCUGAGGGAGCAAAACUUCAGCAUGCAGCAAAUGCAGUAAGUGUCACCUAUCUCCUUUCUGAAAGCUUUUAGAAAUUGCAGUGUUCUCUCUACAAAUAUUAAGGUGGGGCGGGCCCCCCUGCCUGUCACUGUUGCUCCUUUUUUAUUUUUAAAGAAAGAUUCUUUUUUAUAGUUGCCUUUGACUUUCUUGUUUUUCUCUGUGUUUUUCUUAUUGGGGCCUAUUCAGGCUUUUAAACCCAGUGUAGGAAAUGGGGAAACACUUUUAACAUUAAGUUUUUUCAGUGGACUUUGGGUAAUACAAUAAAAGGUGCAACUUAA